AUGGCGACGAACAACGACGAGCCGUCGAGCGCCAAUGCCGCAAGCCCCUUGCUAAGUGACCGCCUGUCGGUGCUCUGUCUCCAGGCCGAAUACGUGGGGAAUGUCAAUGGCAACUUCAUGCACGGCAUCAAGUCGCUGGAUACGCGGUACGAGGCGCUGCGACGCGUACGAGGGGACGGCAACUGCUUCUUCCGGAGCUUUAUCUUUACUCUCUGUGAGCAUUUGCUGCCAUCUCAAGGCGCAGAAGACAGCAACGCGGCACUCCGGUGUCGUAUCCAAGACAAGAUCCAGAAGAGCAAGAGCGAGCUGGUGGCGAUUGGAUACAGUGACGUGGCCAUUGAUGCGUUCUGGGAGACGUUUGUCGACUACUUGGCUGCUAUGGAGACGCGGUCGUAUGCAGAGCUGGUGCAGGAUUUUCAGACCGAAGGCGGGGAAGCAGAGUAUCUCGUGUGGUACAUGAGACUCCUGACAGCUGGAUACAUGAAGAAGCAUGCUGAGAGGUUCCAGCCCUUCAUUGAUGGACUCUGUCCGGGGCAGACGGUGGCACAGUUCUGUGCAACGGAGGUGGAACCAAUGGGCAAGGAGUGUGACCAGCCGCAGAUUGCAGCCUUGACUGAAGCUCUAGAGGUGGGCGUGAAGAUCGAGUAUCUGGACGGAAGUGCGGGUGCUGGGGAACCACUCCAGAGCUACGUGUGCUCAGCCGUUGAUGCGACCGAGCGACAAGUUCCUGUCUUCAUUACGCUUUUGUAUCGACCGGGACACUACGAUAUCUUGUAUCCUCGAGAACGUGGAAAAGAGCACGAGCACGAAACGUGA